AACCCCUUCGUACUGCUCCGGAGGAGGAGGAAGAGGAGGAGGAAGAGGAGGAGGGAGGAAGGGGAAGGGAGGGAAGGACCCGGAGCGGUGCCCACCACCGCCUGCCCCCCGCCGCCCUGCCUUGCGCGGGCGUGCGCGGCUCGGCCGCAGCUCCGGCGGGCUCUUGCCUUGUCAACUCCCCCCCCUCCCCCCCAAAUCUUCCCCAUCACCCCCCCAUACACCCCUUCUCCCCCCCCUCCCACCACCACCGGGCUGGAUAUGUGGAUGUUCACGUGAAGAUGGAUGUAGCGAUCAGGCUGCUGGGCUUGCUGACGGUUCUGCUGGAGGGCAGCUCCGGGCAAGGGGUCUACGCUCCCCCCACAGUGCGGAUCGUGCACUCAGGCCUGGCCUGCAACAUCGAGGAGGAACGAUACUCAGAGAGGGUCUACACCAUCCGUGAGGGAGAGACCCUGGAGCUGACCUGCCUCGUCACUGGCCAUCCUCGACCACAGAUCAGGUGGACCAAAACAGCAGGAAGUGCCUCUGACAGAUUUCAAGACUCCAGUGUCUUCAAUGAAACCUUGAGGAUAUCCAACAUCCAGCGGCACCAGGGGGGACGCUACUACUGCAAGGCUGAGAACGGUUUGGGCUCCCCAGCCAUCAAGUCCAUACGAGUGGAUGUCUACUACUUGGAUGACCCAGUGGUGACAGUCCACCAGAGCAUUGGGGAAGCAAAGGAGCAGUUCUACUAUGAGAGGACAGUGUUUCUCAGGUGCGUUGCCAACUCCAACCCACCAGUCCGGUACAGCUGGAGACGUGGCCAGGAGGUGCUGCUGCAAGGCUCUGAUAAAGGAGUGGAGAUCUAUGAGCCCUUCUUUACCCAGGGAGAAACAAAGAUCCUGAAGCUGAAGAACCUCCGACCUCAGGACUAUGCCAAUUACAGCUGCAUCGCCUCGGUGAGGAAUGUCUGCAGCAUCCCUGACAAGAUGGUGUCCUUCCGACUCUCUAACAAGACAGCAUCUCCUUCAAUUAAGCUUCUUGUGGAUGACCCAAUAGUGGUGAACCCUGGAGAAGCUAUCACUUUAGUCUGUGUGACCACAGGAGGGGAGCCAGCCCCUAGCCUGACAUGGGUGAGGUCUGCUGGUGUCCUGCCUGAGAAGACAGUCCUGAAUGGAGGCACUUUAACCAUCCCAGCCAUCACCUCAGAAGAUGCUGGGACCUACAGUUGCAUUGCCAACAACAACGUUGGAAAUCCUGCAAAGAAGUCCACCAACAUCAUUGUGAGAGCCUUAAAAAAGGGACGUUUUUGGAUCACACCUGACCCAUACCACAAAGAUGACAACAUCCAGAUCGGGCGAGAGGUGAAAAUCUCCUGCCAGGUGGAAGCCAUCCCUUCAGAGGAGCUGACUUUCAGCUGGUUUAAGAACGGGCGCCCCCUGCGGAGCUCGGAGAGGAUGGUCAUCACCCAGACCGACCCUGACGUCUCCCCUGGCACCACCAACCUGGACAUCAUUGACCUGAAGUUCACUGACUUUGGCACCUACACCUGUGUGGCGUCGCUGAAGGGAGGAGGCAUAUCAGACAUCAGCAUCGACGUCAACAUCUCCAGCAGUACAGUCCCACCCAAUUUGACUGUUCCUCAAGAGAAGUCACCCCUGGUCACCCGGGAAGGGGACACAAUUGAGCUGCAGUGCCAGGUGACCGGGAAGCCCAAGCCCAUCAUUCUGUGGUCCCGAGCUGACAAGGAGGUGGCCAUGCCAGAUGGAGGGAUGCAAACAGAGAGCUAUGAUGGGAUCCUGAGGAUAGUGAACGUGUCCAGGGAGAUGACAGGGACCUACAGGUGCCAGACCAGCCAGUACAACGGGUUUAACGUCAAACCCAGAGAAGCUUUGGUCCAGCUCAUUGUACAGUACCCCCCAGCCGUGGAACCCACCUUCCUGGAGAUUCGGCAGGGCCAAGGUCGGAGCAUCACCAUGAGCUGCCGGGUGCUGAGGGCAUACCCCACCAGGGUCCUCACCUACGAGUGGCGUUUGGGCAGCAAGCUGCUGCGCACCGGCCAGUUCGACCUGCAGGACUCCACCGAGUACACGGUCAGCAGCCUCUCCAGGGACAGCUACGGCAUCUACAACUGCAACAUCAUCAACGAGGCAGGCGCCGGCCGCUGCAGCUUCCUGGUCACAGGCAAAGCCUACGCUCCUGAGUUCUACUAUGACACCUACAACCCACUGUGGCAGAACAGACCUCGAGUCUACUCCUACAGCCUCCAGUGGACCCAGAUGAAUCCUGACGCUGUGGAUCGCAUCCUCGCCUAUCGCUUAGGGAUCAGGCAGGCUGGACAGCAGCGUUGGUGGGAGCAGGAAAUUACUGUGAAUGGAAACAUCCAAAAGGGAGAAUUAAUCACCUACAACCUGACUGAGCUGAUCAAACCUGAAGCCUAUGAAGUGCGUCUAACCCCUAUCACCAGGUUUGGAGAAGGGGACUCAACUAUUCGAGUCAUCAAGUAUAGUGCUCCAGUAAAUCCACAUCUACGAGAGUUCCACUGUGGUUUUGAGGAUGGUAACAUCUGCCUCUUCACUCAAGAUGACACAGACAAUUUUGACUGGACGAAACAAAGCACUGCCACCAGAGACACCAAAUACACCCCGAACACGGGGCCGAACGCCGAUCGCACCGGCUCCAAAGAAGGUUUCUACAUGUACAUUGAGACCUCACGGCCCAGGCUGGAAGGAGAGAAGGCCAGGCUCGUUAGUCCUGUCUUCAGCGUCGCUCCCAAGAACCCCUACGGAGCUACCAACACAGCCUACUGUUUUAGCUUCUACUAUCACAUGUAUGGACAGCACAUAGGAAGCUUGAAUGUCUACCUGCGUUUGAAGGGUCAGACGGCGAUAGAGAACCCGUUGUGGUCUUCCAGUGGGAAUAAAGGACAGCACUGGAACCAAGCCCGUGUCAAUAUAAACCCCCCCACUUCAUUUCAGCUCAUAUUUGAAGGGAUCCGAGGCCCUGGCAUCGAAGGGGACAUUGCUAUUGAUGAUGUAUCAAUCGUGGAGGGAGAGUGUAUGAAAUCAGACCAACCUGCCAACAAUUUACGAUCAGGUGCUGUUGGGACAUUAGACCAUAUACGACUCAUCCCAGUCAUCAUCCUCAUGUCUGUCUUAAGUCAUCAGAGGUGACCUUAUCCUGGCAGAGGCUACAAAAGAAUUCACCAGGCACUGGCAUGAAGAAAAAGAGUCUUUGUGAAAAUGGACAUUAAAACAAAAAAACAAAAACAAACCAACAAACUACCAAAGAUUCCUCCACUGACUGAAAUAAAAGCUAAAUAAAUACCUAGAUAAAUAAGAAUCAAAAACAAAACAAAAACACAACCUAAUAAUUAGAAGGAAAAACAAAACCAAGUAAAGCACUAGGGGACCUAACACACACACACACACAAAAAAAAAGGCAUCAUGGGAGUGUAACUCAGAAUGAACCAUGGGUGAGAAGGCCUAAGGAUGGAAGAAGAGGAGACCUUCAGGUGCUUUUUUUUUUUCUCUCUCUGGUGGUCAAUCCUGAAUUUACACAGCGGCGUCCGGUUGGACUCUUGGGAUUAACACAAACGAAACUAUCAAAGAGCUAUAGGAACAAACAGAAAGAAAACAAACAAACCCUUGUUCAAAGCACAAAAGUCAUGGCUGGUUUUGUUUCAAAUGAAUAGUUUGCUUGUUACCAUGGAAACCCUAAUGGCCUGCCAAAAAACAAAAGCAAAGGGAAAGAUGAAGAAAUAAAGAAUGGAGAGAGAGAGAGAGAGAUUGGAAAUAAACCAGAGAGAAACACCUCACUGUAAACAGGGUAUGUGAAGAGCUGGCAUUCAUUUUCUUUUCUUUCCCCCCCCUUCCAGAUGGGUUUUUUUUGAGCCUAGAGGUCAGUAGUUGUAGGUUCUUUCUACUUUUGGCUGUCGCCUCCCCUAAAGAGUAACCCUCAAUCCGACCUGGUUUAAAGACAUUUCCGUUCCACUUCUCGCGGCUCUGCUCGAUUAACUGUUAUGCUGUCUCCUUUUGCAUGCAUUUACUAGCCAGGAUGUGCCACCUGGGCUUACAUAACGACACAGGAUCUCUCAGAGCUUGCUUGCAGCCACACGAACUGGCCCCCCCAAACACACACCCCCCCACCUCUCCCCUCCCCGCCUGAGUCAUCUGUUCCAACGGCGUGAAGAAACCAAACCACCGUCUUUUAUAAAUUUGCCAUGGAAACCAAGUGCCUUCAAUGAAACAAGCCUGAUUGAACACAAACAAACAAACAAAGAGCAGCAAAAGAGAAUCAGGAGGAUGGUCUCGCCACCGGCAGCUCGCCCUGCACAAGUGUGGGUUGUGGAAACUCUUUCGAGUCGUGGAAACUCUUUGGGCUGUGAACGCUCCUUGGGUUGUGAACGCUCUUUGGGUUGUGCAAACUCUUUGGAUUGUGCAAACUUUUUGGGCUGUGAACACUCUUUGGGUUGUGGAAACUCUUUGGGCUGUGAAUGCUCUUUGGGCUGUGAACACUCUGUGGGUUGUGGAAACACUUUGGGCUGUGAACGCUCUUUGGGUUGUGGAAACACUUUGGGCUGUGAACACUCUUUGGGUUCUGGAAACACUUUGGGCUGUGAAUGCUGUAUGGGUUCUGGAAACUCUUUGGGCUGUGAAUGCUCUUUGGGUUGUGGAAACUCUUUGGGUUGUGGAAACACUUUGGGCUGUGAAUGCUGUAUGGGUUCUGGAAA